GGCGCGAAGGAGGCGCAGCCCGGCGGACACGGCUCCGCUGCCCGUCGGCGAUCUCCCCGCGGAGGUUGGAGAUCUGCUGCGGGGUGAUGGAGGAGCAUGGGUACCCUUCCUAUAGCACUCGCAGCCCCGCCUGGGAGGAGCUGGAGUCCGGGAAGAUGGCCGGGGCCGAGUCGGGGAUGAGCGGCGCCGGGAUCCCGCAGCAGCCCCAGCCUCAACCCCCGGCGGCGGCGGCGGGGCCGGCGGACGAGUCGUCGGACAGCGAAGGGGAGCACGAGGGCCCCCAGAAACUCAUCCGGAAAGUGUCCACCUCGGGCCAGAUCCGCAGCAAGACAAGUAUAAAAGAAGGAUUACUGCUGAAGCAAACCAGCUCUUUUCAAAGGUGGAAAAAGCGUUAUUUCAAACUUCGAGGUCGUACCCUUUAUUAUGCUAAGGAUUCAAAGUCUCUAAUAUUUGAUGAAGUUGACCUGUCAGAUGCCAGCGUAGCUGAAUCGAGCACAAAGAAUGUCAACAACAGCUUCACGAUAAUCACUCCAUUUCGGAGGCUAAUACUGUGUGCUGAGAACAGAAAAGAAAUGGAGGACUGGAUAAGCUCUCUGAAGUCUGUUCAGUCCAGAGAACACUAUGAGACCGCACAGUUUAAUGUGGAACAUUUCUCAGGGAUGCAUAACUGGUACGCCUGCUCCCAUGCCCGACCCACCUUCUGUAACGUGUGUAGAGAGAGCCUCUCUGGAGUCACUUCUCACGGCCUGUCUUGUGAAGUGUGUAAGUUUAAAGCACAUAAAAGAUGUGCUGUCCGAGCAACAAAUAACUGCAAAUGGACCACAUUAGCCUCAAUAGGAAAAGACAUCAUUGAAGAUGAAGAUGGUAUAGCUAUGCCUCACCAGUGGUUAGAGGGUAAUCUGCCUGUCAGUGCCAAAUGCGCAGUGUGCGACAAGACUUGUGGCAGUGUUUUACGUCUGCAAGAUUGGAAGUGCCUUUGGUGUAAAGCUAUGGUUCACACUGCCUGUAAAGAUCUGUAUCCUCGUAAAUGUCCACUUGGCCAAUGUAAGGUAUCGAUCAUACCUCCAACAGCACUAAACAGUAUAGACUCUGAUGGUUUCUGGAAAGCCACAUGCCCGCCAUCCUGUGCCAGUCCUCUUUUAGUUUUUGUUAACUCAAAGAGUGGAGACAAUCAGGGAGUAAAGUUUCUUCGUCGAUUCAAACAGUCGUUAAAUCCAGCUCAGGUGUUCGAUUUAAUGAAUGGAGGACCUCACUUAGGUUUGCGGUUAUUUCAGAAGUUUGACAACUUCAGGAUUCUUGUGUGUGGUGGCGAUGGAAGCGUGGGUUGGGUCUUGUCAGAAAUUGAUAAGCUCAGCUUGCACAAGCAGUGUCAGUUAGGAGUGUUACCCCUUGGUACUGGAAAUGACCUUGCUCGUGUCCUUGGUUGGGGAGGAUCCUGUGAUGAUGAUACGCAACUUCCUCAGAUUUUGGAAAAGCUAGAACGAGCCAGCACGAAAAUGUUAGACAGGUGGAGUAUAAUGUCAUAUGAACUGAAAUUACCAGCAAAGCCUUCUAUUCUUCCAGUGACUGCAGAAGAGUCAGAGGAGUGCCAGAUAUCUGCUUAUGAGGACUCAGUUGCUGCUCAUCUUGCAAAAAUUCUCAAUUCUGAUCAGCACUCAGUUGUCAUAUCAUCUGCCAAAAUAUUAUGUGAAACUGUAAAGGACUUUGUUGCCAAAAUAGGGAAGACUUACGAAAAACCGAUGGAAAAUGCAGAGGAAGCUGAUGCCAUGGCCAUUAAAUGCUCAGAAUUAAAUGAGAAGCUAGACCUAUUGCUCCAGGCUCUUCACACGGAAGCCCAGGCUGCUCCCAUUCUCCCAGGCAUCGCUCCCCCCAUUGUGGAAGAAGAAGCAGAGGAGUUUUCAAGUGAAGAAUCCUUUUCUGAAAUUAAAGAGCAGUUAGUGGAGUGUGUCUCAAAGUCUUCCACCCAGAAACUCUUCAAACCGAGGGAACAGUUAAUGCUCCGAGCAAACAGCUUGAAGAAGGCUGUGAGGCAGAUCAUUGAACAAGCAGAAAAAGUUGUGGAUGAGCAGAAUGCUCACAGUGAAGAACAAGUGAACCAAUCUCCAGUGGAAUACAGCAAAGAACUGGAUGAAUCCAAGGAAGAGGAAAAAGAGGAAGAUACAAAGGAACUUGAGUCCCCAUCAACUAAAACUGCACCAAGAUCUCCCGAUCGACGUACAAGCCGAGGUAUCCAUUCUCAGACAGGUUCUUUCUCUGCUCCAGCUUUGGCUGCAAGCAAGGAAAACCUCCCAGUACUUAACACAAGGAUUAUCUGCCCAGGUUUGAGGGCUGGUCUAGCUGCUUCCAUUGCAGGAAGUUCAAUUAUUAGCAAAAUGUUGCUAGCAAACAUCGAUCCAUUUGGUGCUACGCCGUUUAUUGACCCGGAUCCAGAUUCCCUGGAGGGAUAUUCAGAAAAAUGUGUCAUGAACAACUACUUUGGAAUUGGGUUAGAUGCAAAAAUUUCACUAGAAUUUAAUAACAAGCGAGAAGAGCACCCUGAAAAAUGCAGGAGUCGGACGAAAAACAUGAUGUGGUAUGGAGUUCUUGGCACGAAAGAGCUACUGCAGAGAACUUACAAGAACUUAGAACAAAAAGUUCAACUUGAGUGUGAUGGACAGUACAUCCCUCUUCCAAGCCUGCAGGGCAUAGCUGUGCUAAACAUUCCCAGCUAUGCUGGUGGGACUAAUUUCUGGGGUGGAACCAAAGAAGAUGAUAUAUUUGGGGCUCCAUCGUUCGAUGAUAAAAUCUUAGAAGUUGUUGCAGUAUUUGGCAGUAUGCAGAUGGCAGUCUCAAGAGUCAUCAAACUGCAGCACCACAGGAUAGCUCAGUGUCGGUCAGUAAAGAUCACCAUACUUGGUGAUGAAGGGGUUCCAGUGCAAGUCGAUGGAGAGGCAUGGAUCCAGCCCCCGGGAGUUAUUAAGAUCGUACAUAAAAACAGGGCUCAGAUGCUCACACGAGACAGAGCCUUUGAAAACACCCUGAAGUCUUGGGAAGACAAACAAAAGUAUGAUUCCUGUAAACCUGUCAUACGAUCUCCCUUGUACCCUCAGCAAGCUGUUGAGUUGGCUACAGAAGAAGAAGUUGCACAGAUCCAGCUGUGCUCACAAGCUGCAGAAGAACUUAUUACCAGGAUCUGUGAAGCAGCAAAAAUACAUGGCCUCUUGGAGCAGGAGCUUGCUCAUGCUGUUAAUGCAUGUUCACAUGCAUUAAAUAAAGCCAACCCAAGGUUUCCAGAGAGCCUUACCAGAAACACUGCCAUGGAGAUAGCUGUCAAUGUGAAGGCCUUGCAUAAUGAAACAGAAUCUCUGCUAGUUGGAAGAGUUCCUUUGCAGUUAGAAGCUCCCCAUGAAGAACUGUUGUCUGAUGCUUUGCACAGUGUGGAAGUAGAGUUGAGAAAACUUGCUGAGAUUCCUUGGCUUUAUUAUGUUUUUCAACCAAAUGAUGAUGAGGAUGCCCCUCUGGAUUAUGCUAAAAGAAACAACAGAAGUACAGUGUUUCGUAUAGUGCCAAAGUUUAAAAAAGAAAAAGUUCAGAAGCAUAAGACCAGCUCUCAGCCUGUUCAAAAAUGGGGCACAGAUGAAGUUGCUGCUUGGCUGGAUCUGCUCAGUUUGGGAGAGUACAAAGAAAUCUUCAUCAGCCAUGACAUCCGAGGCUCUGAGCUUUUACAUCUGGAAAGGCGAGAUCUUAAGGACCUGGGGAUAACGAAAGUGGGCCAUAUGAAGCGAAUUCUCCAGGGAAUUAAAGAGCUCAGCAAGAACACCCCUUUGUCUGAAGUGUAAUUAUGCUGGUGCUUUCCUUAGAAGGAGAAGGGAAAGUUGCUGGAGAAGCAGAGCUGUUGCAGGCAGUUAGCUGUCUUUGUAGUUUGCUCUAUGGAAGAAGAAGCACUGGUGUUUGUACAGGCUAGCAUCUCUGAAUUCUUCUAUGGUGAAGAACUUGCUGCAAGAGUAUGAAAGGAUUUGUGCCAAAAAAAAGAAAAAAAAAAAAAAAAAAAGGAAGGAAAAGGUGAUAUGUUCUGCGAAGACAUUUUCUUGAUGUGCAGAUUGGCCAGUUUGGAUAAGCCCAGUUUGGUAAAUCGAUUGCUUGGUGGUGAACUGCGCUGACUGGAAAAUAUAAUCAAGAAAUGAUUGCUUUGCUUACAUGCAGCUCUCAGUAUGCCUCUCUUUAUGCUGCAGCAAGAUGCCACUGUACAGCAUGAAGUCGUCCAGUUAUCCUUCCGAGGCACAGCUCCGUAAAACCUCCUGCGCAGGAGACCAAGAGGUUUUGAAGGUUCAACACGUGUGCCUGGCAGUGCCGCAGGUACCCAGCACUUGCCGGCCACACAGAAGGGGGAAGAUACCUUGUGAUACCAUGAAUGCAAACUAUUAAUGCAUGGUGUGCCUGCCUGAAUUGUCUGUCGUUCUGUUGCAUGACACAUCUGAUACUUUAAACACUUGAACAACUUUUAUAUCAGUUUGAAUGAGAUUUAAUUUAUUACUACUUGAGUGUCUUUAUUUUUUUUUUUUUUUCCAGUUUCAGGCACUUUCUAUUCUUCAGUGUUGUGUUAUGCCUAAAAUGUGUUCUACGGCAAAGGGUGUGGGAACUUAGCAUUUGUGCCAUAUUCAACAGAUUAUAUAUGAUUGAAAUACUGUACAGUUAGAUUUUUAAAUAUAUCAUGUACAGAAGGUUUAUCAGGUAACUAACUUAUGAGAAUUUUUGAAAGACUGGUACCUCACAAAAAUAUCAAUUGGCUUCCUGCAUGGAAAAUGAUAAAGAAUUUUCUCAUGGUGCAUUUUAAUAUAGUUAUUCAAUUGUCUUAAACAUCUGUAGCAUAUUUGAACUUUAAGGCUAAUGGUUUUAUUUAUUGUAUUGUUCAAAAAGCAGGUUAAAAGACUAAUGAAAUUUUUUAUGGGAAAAUUUAAUUUUAUUUAUCAUACAUAAGGAGAUUUAAAAUGUAGCAGCUGAUUUGAUUUUUGUGGGGUAAGCUUUUACUCAUUACUAAUUAACUGCUAAUUUAAAAACACAUCUGUAUGCAUUUCUUUAAAAAGGCAUCAGUUUGUUUCUUGACAGCAGUCCUCCAUCAGUAGAUCAUUAAAAAAAUUAGGAAAACCCAAACUCCAAGGUUUUACACUAUGCAUGCUAAGAUGAAUCACAUGCAAGACAGUAAUCCAUGAGAGUAAACAGCUUAAAAAAAUGAAAACCAUCUUUGUUUAGAAAUUGCUCUAGAUCAGAGUUUGUAAGGUUAUUUACAGUUUACUUAAAUGAAACAUAGGUUCCUAAUUGAAUUUCCUGGUUAAUUUUUCACAAAAGUAUUAAUCUCGUAGAAAAAUAACUUUUGGAUAUCUUCAAAAAAAAUCCUACUUAGCUGCUUGAGGUGAGAUGACAUUCCACCACCUGACUGAAAACUUGCACAGAAUCGCUGUCUCCUUGCUGUUCCUAGCAAUGUGUCAUUUCAGCAUAAGGAGCACACUUGACUUCUACUUAAUUGAGUAGCUUUGAUGUUUGUUGCACGUUGAAGAGUAUCUUAUAUCUACGUAUGUUUUCCUCAUAGGCAGCAAAGUAACAUUUCAUUUGUUUUAUACCAAAGCUUAUUUUCUCUGUAUAAAGGGGCCAAUGUCAAGUACUGCAUCCUGGUUUUGCCCUUCACUUCAUGUGAUUGGAGUUGUUCCUUGGCAAGUAGGCAGGACUCAUUCCUUGGAAAGUAAAAUCUAGUCUCCUCACUGUUUUAUGGGGAAAAAAAAUCAGAAGGAGCAAAACAGGCUUCAUUUAUAUCCAAUUGUAUUUUUUUGUGCUCUUGCCGCUAUAGGUUCAACAGGCACCAUUCUGGGAUCUCUGUGGAUGUAACUAUUCCUGUAAAGAAACAAAAGUAAAAAGCUAUGUUCUAUUAUGCUUUCCAUAAAAAAACAAACCAAAAUGCCUUUGCCAAAUGAUAUGAUUUUCAUGCUGUUGUAUGAAAAGCAUAUGCAAAAAAAUGGAAACUUAGGUAAACAAUGGAAAGUUUGUGUUUUUUGUUUUUAAUUUUGAUGUACUUGAUAUUCACCCCUUUAAUGAUGUUCAGAUGACAUCUGUCAAGUCUUCUUGAGUUUUAUUUCCUUUUCUCUUUGGUUCUCCAUAAGCUUCACUGUAUUUUAAUGUGUGGCAGCAUUCUAGUAUAUUGACGUUACAGUAGACUACAUAGUUCAUCUUCCAGGUCAGUUUAAGGACAUAAUAUAGAGAAGAACUGUCUUUGCUUUCCUGAUUGUAGGAUACAAUCUCUUUACAACUUACAGCCUUGCUAUGUGCAAUGCAUUAGGACAGGCUAUGGAACAGGAUCUCUUCAGGUCACUCUAGAAGUCUACGCUGAGUAUGUUAAAAAAUGAGAGCUGCUCUCAGGCAGGGAAAACGGGCAAAUGUUGUUUGUAACAACUUUCUUAUGGCACUCCUCAAAUUACCUCAGUAUAGGACAACUGAUCAAUGAUCUAGGUAUAGUUCAUUUUUCUAAAUGACCACCAAAGAAUUUAACUUUGAUUGUCCUAAGCAGGUUUUUUUUAACAUGCGAGUAGAAAAAAAAAACCUGCAUCAUUUGUGCUGUAUUUAUUAGAUGCCCAGGAGAGCAAAUUUUAUGCAUCUCUAUGCCUUAGACUUGUGGUGGCUAUGAGUGCACAUGCAUCUGGCAGGGAGGCUCAAAAUAUUUUAUGGGGGUUGUCUACUGAGGUCAUGGAUUUUAAUUGUGUUUUCUAAAGACACAGGUGUGGCUUUUCUAAGACAGUGCUAACUCUGUCAUGAUUAUUCUAAUUUCCAAGUAUUGUGUUUUUUCCUUACUGCUGUAAAAGUCCUUGCUCCUAGAACUAAGAACAUGAAUAGCUACAUUUUUUUAAUGAACGGUAUUCUUUCUAAUUUAAUCCUGAUGGUAAAAGUGCUUCAAAGCAUACAUCCCAGUAUUUCAACAGAAAUAAGGUAAACACAUCCCUAAAAGGAGUUAGUUGUUUAGAAAAUGAGUUAUCAUAAUAGAUCUUGUGAAGCCUGAUUCAGCAUGCUAGAUUUAUCAAGACUAUCACUAUACAAAGUUUACUGGGUGAAAUUUUUUUUCCCCUAGUUAAAUACAUGAGAUUUCUGUGGUCAGUCAGCAUACAUUAAUAUGUGAAAGGAAUACAGAGUAAUCUGAACUUUUUUUUUAGUGGUUGAUAUUCAUAUGGAUGAAAAGCUCUGCAUCUCAGAGAGGAGAAGAUGAGAAAUGCAUGUUUUAAAAUGGCAGCGGGUUACUAAACGCAUGUUUCUGUUUUGUCUUUUUCAAAUAGUAUUUUCCCAGUUUACUGGAUUCAAUUGCCAUAGCAACUUCUGAUUCAGGUCAUGCAAAUUUUGCCUUUAUAAUUCCUAAUUCUUCCUUCUUAGAAACUGGAUGAAAUCAAGCAAACUUGUUGUACAUCUUGGGAAUUUUUUACAACACUAAAAAAAACAAAUUUCAAUUUUUCUUAUAUAAUGACAAGUACAAAUUUUCUUUGAUACAUUUUUAUGUAUUUCUCCUUAACCAUUCUUUUUUUUUUUUUCUCCUGCAUGUCUCUUUCUUUCAAAGAAAAGUAUUUUAAACUGGGAAGAGCAGUAAAAUGUGAAGCAUAUGAUCAAAACCCCUCCCAGACUAUUUCAAUCCAGUAUUUCUUGUUUUGGGACUGGAGCAAACAUGCUUAGUCCUGUAAAUAAGAAAUAGAAAUCAUCUUUAUCUCUCUUUCCCUGACCAAAGAAAUUUAUGUUGCAGUGUUUUAUAACUGUAAUUCAAAUGAGAGGAAUUGAUUUUUUUAAAAAUAAAGGUCCGUUUCAUAUUUUACUAUUCUUUUUGUAGAAAAAUAGAUAACCUGCCAAUUUUACUGUUAAAUUGAACUCAGCAAUGCUAAUUCACUUAAUGAAAAUUUCAUAAUGCCUUGAUAAUGAACAGGUAUUUUUUCAAGGGUAAAAUUAUUCAUGUUUUUCAAUGCAUCUGGUCUUCAUUUUGGGAAGACUGGCAGGAUACAGCUUUUUCACAUGUAAUGGAAAAGUAAUACAUAAAACAAACAUGAGAGGAUGUUCCAUAGCCCUACUUUGUUAAAAACAGUUUUAAAACUAGAUAUUAUCCAUAGCUAUAAUUCCACAGGGGACAUGUAAGACAAAAAGCCCCACAGUGAUUCCAUUUUGCUUGAUACUUCCUAUUAAUGAUUGCAUUACUAACGUUUACUACUGUUUCUGCAGUUCUGUCUCUGUGCCCCUAAGUAUUAAGGUCUUGCACAUAAGUUCAGCAGUUCUAGUAACUAAUAAUUAGCAUUGCAAAAAGUCUUUGUGAAAGGUCAAGUCACAAGUGAUGUAAAUUGUUGAGGAUAACCGAGCAAUUUAUUUAACUUACAACCAGGAAAUGACCGUGUCACUCAUGAGUAAGUAAGAGCCACAGAAAAUUAUAUGAGCAAUUCUAAAUUUAUUUUUCACCCCAAUAGCAUAUGUACCUCUCAACUGCAGCUCUCCCGUAUUUUUUUGAUUCUGUUUUCAAGGGUCGUAUGUUUUGUGGUAUGAUUUUCGUGCCAUCAGGGUUUGAUGCUGCUGCUUCUAACUGCGAAGAUUUAACGUUUGCAGGUAAAGGAAUGAAUUUUUGAUGACUUAAGGAAGCUGAGAAGUUUGGACAGGAUUUAAAAUAUCUCUGCUGUCUCUUCAGAGAAGAAUCAGUGGGAUCGGUAAAGCAUCAUUUAGUAAUUACCAGUAGAAAAUCUUUACUGGUUGUUUGAAUUCCUGUAUUUAUAUAUAAAAUAUCGUGUGGAACUUGAUCUUUUUUACAAAAAGAAAUUUUCUAGUUGUUUUCUACUACUGUUGCAUUAGCUUUAAUAGCUCUGUGAAGUGUUAGUUUAUAUACUUGAAAUUCUCAUUUCUGCCAUACAGAAGCCCAGUCUGUUUCUCAGAAAUUAUAAUCCAUUUGGAAGCCAUCUGGAGACUUUCAGAAGACUAUUUCUGUAGCCAGUUUAGCUAAUACCAAAAUUCAAAGCAAUUUCUGUAGGCCUAAUAGUGAUUGCCCUUAAUAUUUUAACUGAAAAAAAAUUAUUUUGAAGGGUUUGUGGGGUAGAUGUAGAUGGUAGAAUUACUUAUUUUAAAUGAUUCACAACCUUGUCUCCCAGUUGACAAAACUUGAUAAGCUCCUUGAUGGGAUUUUUGCAUAUUAUAUAUUGCUUAUAUUAGUGAGGGCAGAAGAAGCUGGUGCAUAAUUUAUGUUUAACUCCGGUCAUGUCUUUACUAAUGUUCUCAUGCUGCUUCCCAGCUUCUGUGUCUGGAUGACAUCCCAACUUCUUGGCAAGAUGAGACCCUUGCAUGUCUCUCUACUGUUUCUGUUUAGAAGAGCUGUACAGGCAGGCCAGGAAAAAGCUGUUGAGUGCUCCAAGAUCAAGACUGACCAAGGCUUCAGGCUCCAAAGCCUAGCAUAGCCAUGGUGGACUAAAAUCCUUUAAGUUAUACUCUUGCAAUCCCUACUGGAAGCCCUCUCUAAUAAUUAACACUAACUGGCUGGAAUGCCCUUGAAAAGAGAAGUGUUUUGGCUAACUCUACCAGCUAUGUAAGACUAUUGAAAAUAAUGAAAAUUAUGGUAGCUAUUAGUAGGACAAGUAUGCAAGUGACCAAUCAAUAUUUUAUUCUAUGGAAGAAAUACUUUGGAAAAAUCUAUUUAUUGUAUGAUUCAAAGACUACUGUUAGGAUUGAAAAGCUACUGAAGACAAAAGCAAUAUGGUACAAAGUUUAAAGUAAUUUGGAAUUAAUUUUUUCCAACAUCAUUGCAAACAACUGUUUUAGGAAGCUGGGUUUGAUCCAGGUAUAGCUAAAUGAGAGCAUGUGAACUGGAAGGUGAAAACAGGAAGAAAUACUAAAAGUAAAAUUGGAUAGUUUGUUUUCUUUAUGGAAACUCUGUGAAAAGCCAAAAAUAAAAUCUCCACAGUGCCCCAAAUCCCUACUAUGACUAUUUAAAGGGAAUUAGCAUUUUAAGUCCCAAUUUUAUGAAAUUAAAGUAUUAAUUGGAUAAAAAACAUUUUAGUUUAAUUAAUAACCUGUCAAUGUCAUUAACAGGGAAAAAAUUAUAGAUAUAACUAUGGUUUUCUCCUGGUACUAGUUGAAGUAAGCUCUGUUUAGGACUAAAUUCUCUUUGCAGUUACAGUCAAUUAUAUUGUGAAUGGGAAGGCUGAGGAAAGGUGUUUGAAGCUGUGGGAAGGCUGAGGAAUGCUGUUUGAAGCUGCUUGGUUUUGAUUUUCAGUGAGGGAGAGCACGUGUGCUGACAAGUAGAGUUUAGGGCCUCUUAAUGAGAACUUUAAGGAUACAAGAUUUUCCACUUGGACAGUUUAGGAAGGUUUACAACCAGUGUGCAGGCAUGCAGAUACUGUGAAGGUUCCUAGCAGCACUCUGCUCUCCCAAGGUGCCAUCUCUAUAUAUUGAAAUAGGCAUUUGGGCUGUACCACUUAGCCAGAUUCCAGAGGAUUUUCUAUAGGCAUCUGUCACUUGUGGUGUUGUCCGUACUUUCCAUCCUGGUUUACUGUCUCCUUAAAUUGUGCACCUUGAAAAAUGCAGUUGUCCAUAUAUGACAAAAAUUACCAUUUUUUCCCUAAAGGAGCACAGCUUGGGAACCUCUCCUGAAAUAAUUUGUUUCAUUAGCCACCCUUUUACACCAUAUCCUUACAAUCCUAAAAGAGCUGAAACAUGUGACCUCCCGAGAACUGCCAGUUACCUUAGUAAUUUAAUAGUCUUGCAUGUGGAGGGGAUCAUCAAAGGGCAAGGUAAUAUUUGCAGUGGCAGACGAGAUAUGCAAUAGAUGGGAUUUGUACAUCAAGAGUACAAGCUGUUGUGGUGCUUCUGAAAGGUGAAGAGGGCCUGAUCGCUGCACCUCACCUUGGGUGCUUCUUUGUUGCUGUCACUGCACACAAACAAUUUCAUAUCAUCUAAUACUAGCAGCUACUUCUCUUAAUUCACAGUGCUGGCAAACAUGUUAGUUAGUACUAACAAACUUCUCACUGUCGCAUCUGUAUGUCUAGAGCAGGUAUCUUUAAAUGUCAAGCACUAUGGAAUUGCAUGAAAAUAUUUUUAGUGUAUGUUCUGGCAUUUAAAAGAGGUAUAUUUCAUCUAAAGGUUCUGAGAGGAUUCCAGCCCAACAUGAGUGGUUUCUGUUAUUAGCCAGGUUUGUAACUUAAGCUAGUAAUCGAGGCAAGUACAACUGUUAGUUAAUUUUAUGAUAACAUCCACUUAAUGCGCAUGAGUGAAUGGAUAAAGUGCGUGUGGAAGUGUUGCAGAGAUCUUAAUUUUCUGCAUAACUCAUAUAUUUGGGUCUGAAUAGCAGUUUGUAGCAAAAAGCUGAAACACAUGAUUUCCAAUUCAAUGAAAAGGAAAACAUAGAACUUGAUUUGUACUGGUUCAGAUAAAAGUUGGUGUGUACUCAGUAGUUUCUGCCCUUUGUUUCCCCUUGUUCUGGUUCACUCCACGAGAAAAUUCAUCGUCUUUGCAAACAUCUGUUUGGACUUUGGCAUGUACUUGUCUUUAAACAGUACUUUAGUCCUCCUUGGAGCUUGUUCAUUUAUUUCUAUUUUAGCCUUUACAUGUAAGCCUACAGGUGACUUGGGUAGGGGGAAAUUGCUCCUCUCAUAAAACCGAUCAUCAGAUCGAUCAUUGCUAGACUUUUAAAUGCCACACCUAUGAAUGUUGUUGUCUUGCCAGUAUUUGCGUGCGGAUGUGUGUGGAUAUGUAGUAUCUAGUUUGUAGGGUGUAUGUGCAAGCACACCUGUACAUAUAUUUGUAUAUACAUACCCUGGUUUUGCCCAAUAUAAUGACACCAACCUGUGUGUAGAGCCAAAAAAACCUUAAAACUAUACAGUGCUUGAGAUGCUGCAUUGUUUUUAUUAUAGUAUUUUUUAUAUCAGAUGAAUUUCAGGAUGUUUACAGAUGCUUAUUAAUAUUUAAAUUAUACAAUGGAGUGGCAGGAUGCUUAUGAUUGUUGUCAGCUAAAGAAUUGUAUAUGAUUCUGGGUGAAAUUUUGGCUUUUUUGAAAUCCUUGGCAAAACUCCCAUUGAUUUCACUGAGGCCAAGAUUAAACCUCUCUGAAUCUAUUGUUUACUGGCUAUUUUCCUACUGUGAUAAUUUUUUUAAAUGAGUGAAAUAUAUUUAUUUUUUCCCAAUGUGAAAUCUGCAGUUACUAUUUGGAUUUUUCUACAGAACCUGCAAACUACAACAUAGGUGGGAAUAAAUGCCUCAGAGAAUGUACAGGAUUUUUCACUGAUCUGGUCCUUGAGUAUGUCUAAGAAAACACCUUCUGAAAUAACUUUUGUAAGAUUUAAUACAGAUCUAAGAAGAGAUUACCUUUCAUACCUCUCUCCACAAAGAGGGAAUGCAAUGUGGCAUGUGAAUGUGAAGAAGUAUUAAUCGAUGAAUAAAAAGUAGUCCUGUCUGAUUUGUAUACCUACUGAUUUCAUGCAGUUCACCUGGCUCUGCGGAACUGGAAUGAGACACUUGAGGUACCUUAUCCAAAAGUACCUUAUUGGGAAAAAAAAAUGUUAUACAGUAAGUAUGUGGCUUUAAACUUCUCAUCAAGACAUGGAGGUAUCUUCAGAGCCAGUCUUUUGAAUGACUUUCAGUAUUUUAUGGAUGAAUUAAAAUGAUGAAAAUAUAAAGUGGUAAGGCAAAUCAGACAACUGCUUGACAUUAGAGAAAUCACUUGUCUAGACACAGAAGGAUCAGUACUUUAAUAGCACAAGGGAGGAAAAACACCAUAAUGCAGUGCUUCCUAAAUCCUUUGCCAGGGUAUCUUUUAAUUGUGUGUGCUCAAAGUGUAUUCUUCCUGUAAAAAGACAUAAGGCUGUGAAACAGCUAAAUAGAUGCAUCCUAAUUUCUUCAUGUAAGGCUAAAAAUAUAAUUUUCAAACAAGAGCUAUCAUGCACUUUGAAAUAUAUGUGUUGGGAACAGGUAAGUUUAUAUCCAUCAUAGUCCUCCCAGGGAUGGUCAGAGUUGUAAAAUGAGGUAGUUAUGCCAAGGUUAUCAAAAGAAAUAGCAAGGCAAACAUACUUCUUCGUGAGGCUCUUUCUGAAGACAUCUGUGCAAAUGCCCACCACUUCCAGGAAUCUUUUCCUAUGAUUUUGUUUAAGAAAGGAUCAUAUUCAGAUUCCCAUUCUUCCCCUUUCUACUAAGGAGGGAAGUAUGCACCUUGGUUGAACUUCCCAAGAGUUUGUUGGCUUCAGGAACAGACCUCAAAAGAAUAUAGAGUUGAGGCAAACAGUAGGCUUGUGGAGGAUACACGGGGUUCCACCUGGGCUCACUAGUCUUCUAGUGUGGAUCCAAUUACAAAUUUGUGGGGAAAAAACUCCUGCUAUGCUCCUACUCCAGUUGGUGGCAAGCCUCAUGGUUGCUAGUGGGAGCAGAUGGGCACCCAAGAGAGCAGACACCUUUCCUUCUGCAUGUUGGUUAUCUUUCUGCAGUUCUAAUCAGGGUUAGAGUUCAGGACACAUGUAUAUUUGUCUGAAAGGCCUUGUGAUAUGUGAGGAAAUGAGGAAGAAGUGGCUGGAGGUCUGGAUUCUGCCUUUUCUUUCCUGCCAUGGAGCUGGUGCAAGACUGGGGGUAACUCAGUUAACCUUUGUGUGCCUCACUUUCUCCACCCGUGGGAAUAAGGAUGCUCUUCACCUCUGUACAGCCCCCUCAAGACCUAUAGGAGAGCAGCAUUAUAUAAGCAGCUAAGUUUUACUGACACUAUUAUAUGUAGUAUAAAUAAAUUACUUUUGUCCGUAACACUCCAAGAAUUGCUUUUCCUAGUUCCAGUUCUCUUUGAUGACCUACUACGUCCUGGAUAGUCAGUUUUGAAGCUUAGCAGUUGCUCUAAUACUUAAAACUACACACAUAGCAGGCUCUGUUUGCUGCAGAAAAGAGUAAAACUUUAAACUGCCUGACAAAACUUGCCAAUGAAGUAUAUCUAACAGAGCAGGGGUGUAACUUUUGGCUUUAUUUACUUGUAAUAAUGGUAAGGAACAGUGAAUUUUGUUUGUUUACAUACUGUUUACAAUGGCACAGUUUUAUUUUUAAUAUAUAAAAACAACUGAGGUAUUUAUUGCAUAUACUAUUUUAAAGAUGUUUUAUGUGUUUUCACCUUUGGAAUAUAUUGUUACAUUUCUUUGUACAGAUAAUUUGGGUGGCUUUGUUAAUAUAGCUAGUAAUUUUUAUGACUACUAAGUGACCAGUUUUCCGUGCCUUUUUAUUGUUGGAUGCAUGAUUACGUAUUUAUUAUUGUAUGGAAGUCACUGAGAUGUGUAUUUUUGUAUUCUGCUGGAAGCAAUGGUUGAUUUUAUUGUACAUGAUAAGAGAUGCCUUCCAUAAUGGGCACUCCUAUGAGAUCUUCCUUCUCAAAUAAACAGAAUGCAUUCAAUGUA